AGUACUUGAGUAAAAAAAAAAAAAAAAGAAAUGUCAGACGGAAGUCCAAUUGGAUUCAACUCCUUCACUGCGUCUUUUUCCUCGUCGGCCCCGCAAAACACAAAAUCGUCGCUUAUUUGGCGCCACACGCAGGUCGUGUCACAUCCGUCCAUUUUCCGCGGCGCUUCCGCUCACGCGAUCUGCAAUCUUCCAGCCGGAUGGCCGAACCGGACCGCGCCGUCACUUUUUCUCUAUUCAAUCGUCGGUUAUGAACGAUUGCGAUCUUGUCGCGAGACGUCACGGUGGGCAAACGUCUUCUUUCACUGCUCUCGUCUCUUUGAUUGGACAGGAAGUUUUCAAAAUGCAAUAAUCAUCUGUUUCAUAUACUCAAAUGUACAUUUUAUAUGUGUUAACCAGCCAUUUAGGCCCAAGUUAUAGUUAUGGAUUAACUGCUCGUAAUGUGAAGAUGAUGUUCAUUUUAUAUCAACUUUUCCUCGAUUAAAAAAUGUCUGCAUUGUGUGUCUAAAACUUGAUCAUUUGGAUGCUUCCAUGUUGAGUGGCCGUGAUGGCUGCACGUCAAAUACUGUUCAAUGUCAUCAUAUUUAUUCAACGGUGGGACCAUCGUCUGCGUUUAUCUCAAUGUUAUAAGUGACAAAUGUUCCUCGCAGUCGACCGAAAGCUCAUCCAAGGAGACAAGUGCAGUCAAACGUAAAAAAUGACGACAGGACGGCCGUUUAUUGGAUGGCACCGCGUCUCAAUGAUCAUCUGAACCGAUCACUGACUUGUGAGCACGUGGCAUUUAGUCAACAUCGCUCGGCUCAUUGCCUUCACGCGCCGUCAUUUAUUGAAAACUGACACGUUAGAACGGCACAAAUGAUCGUUUCAGCCCACAGUCCCGCCGUCGUCGUCGUCGUUGUUUGAAACUACUCGUGUAGCCACGUCGGGCCUGCAGGGGGCAGUCCGACGGACGUUUUUUUUUUUUUUGGGACUGAGCUUGACAUGAGGAACAAGCCGAGUUUGACGAAUUCAAAGUGUAGAAAUUGCCGACAUCGCACACUUCAAUACGGGGAGCACAAGUAAAAAGUCUUUUAGGGAAAACUCGAAUCCACAAGUCCGGCGCUUCGUUAAGUCCCACCAAUGCGAGCACCUGCCGCCAUUUUGUGCCUCAGAACUACACUCGUCGUUAUGUUACUCCACACGAGCGCACACGGUAGUUGUUGGACUACCGCAAAUCCGUUAUGGUUGCGUGACUACAGUGCACUAACUACCUCGGAUCCGUCACAUCAUGUCGUUGUGCUACCUCAAAUCCGUCCUUGUCAUGUUACUUAACGUCGUAGUUAGUCCAGGCCUUUACGCGUCCUCGUUGGCUUCUUCCAUCGCCGUCCGAACUCGCUCGUUUCGGGACCAACGCGGCGCCUCGGGUGGGCGUUGAUGGGGGCGGGGGGGGGGGGGGCGGACGACAUUCUCGACGGUCCGUCGGACGGCAGAGGAGGACGAAGACCGGGUCGGCGACCGCGACGGGACGUCAAAAUGGCGGUCGAGAAGGGUGCGCAGUCACCCGUCGUGACGUCAGAGCGCACGGACCGACAGAUUUACACGGACGCCAGCGCGGAGGGGAGCACGCUGCUAGCUUAGCCGCGGUUGGGACUCCCGAGCAAGCAAGAUGCCGACCGGGCCCGAACGGCGUAAAAAUGGCCGUUAAGUGGGUCGAAGGAGCCUCGAGCCGUGUGGAAGGAUGUUUUUGGGCCACUCGGUAUAAGACAUAAAAAAAACCCCACUAAAUGGUUCCAUCCCUUAGACGCGUGGGAUGUGUCCAUGGCCUCUAAGACGCAGCAGGAAGUGAUGGUGCUUGACAUCGGCAGGGCAGGCAGCCCUGCGGCUGCCCCCGACGCCAACUAUCCGCCUCGUCGCUUUGAUCGGGCUGGCCAAGUCGUGCGAGGCUCAAAUGGAAGUUACAAGGAGGGCACCGUGACGGGCGAAGCCGACGUCGAGUCAAAAACAUCGAGCGGCAGACGCGCUUACACGAGACUUCCUCGGGAGGCUCUCCUGUCACCCGAGAGCACCCACAGAGGCAUCCAAGUGACUUUGGACAACAACGUCAUGUGGAACGAAUUCUUUCGGUGUAAAACCGAGAUGAUUCUGACCAAGCAAGGCAGCAGGAUGUUUCCAUAUUGUCGCUUCCGUAUCUCGGGAUUGCAGCCAUCCAGCAAAUACGUUUUAAUGAUGGACAUUCAGCCGGUAGACCAGAGCCGUUACGAGUGGACCGGCGCCGGCUGGGAGGUGGCCGGGAAGGCAGAACGGCACGCGACGAGUUCCCCGUUUGCGCAUCCCGAGUCGCCUACCACGGGUCAACACUGGAUGCAGAGUCCCGUUUCUUUUUACAAACUGAAACUCACCAGCAACGUGGCGGACCAGGAAGGCAACGCCAUACUGCACCCAAUGCAUCGCUACAUGCCGCGUUUGCAUGUUGUCCAGACGGAGAAAGCUGCUCAAGACAUUAACCUCAAUGCCUCCAAUGUUGCGUCGUUCACAUUUCAACAGACUGAGUUCAUGGCUGUCACUGCGUACCAGAACUGCGAGUUUUCCCAGCUGAAAGUUCACUACAACCCGUUCGCUAAGGGCCUCAGGGAGGAGGGUUUUGGUCCACCAGGACCAAGGCCGAAGUCCAACCCGGAUGGAGCUACAGUAACCAGUCAGCAGCAACCGCUAAAGAAAAGCUUGAAGUCUUUGCUUGCAAAUCAUAAAGCUCGAAGCGCCUGUGUCCAGGGAGCAUCCUCUGGAUCUUCACCCAGAGCUAUUAUCAAGAACAGUAUCUGCAACUCACAGCCGGCAGAGACAUUAAUCGGGGACAUCAUUCGAGAGGCGCACAUUUCCUUGACAAGAUGCAACGUGGACUCUCUAAGCCCCUCUCAAAGACUUGCGCAAACCGACACUAAAACCGCUCCAGGAAAACCCAAUAGCCAAGAUGUUCACAAUGCAGACAAGAAAUCCACCGAGUCUUCUGGUGAACCUCCACCACAAGGAAAAAGUGGCGCUGCACAUGGAGACCAGGUCUCUGGCGCAAAAUGUCAGUCUGAAGUCCAGGCCAUACCCAGCGUGAAGCGUCGUCUUCCUCUGCCAGCGCUGGCUCUGUUCCUGAAAAAACAUUCCGCUAAGACCAAGACCGUCAGGAGCAAAUUGGACUCUGCCUCCACGCCAAUUCCUGCAGACGUCCAAAGCAAAACGGGGACAGUUUCAGCAAAGCAGGAUAGCAGCAUUACUGAAAUCGCAAGCGAGUCCGACCAAAAUGCUGCAAAUGUUUUUGGAAAGGAAGCUUUUCAACAUGUCGCUACUUUGCCUUUUGAAGACACAGCUGCCUCUCCAGAAGCAAUACGUUCAAGAAUGAACGAUCACCAACCGGUGAGCCCAGCUCCUCAGCCAGGAAAACCAGCGUUUGGCCAGUUUGAGGAGUCACUCGGUAACCACAAGACUUUGGUUUGUUCCGCUGUACCUACCUCAUCUUCAUCUCCUGUUUUGUCUCCACUUUUGGACACGGCAUUAGUCGCUCCACCCGUGCCAACCGGCACGUCCUCAGAGUCCAAGUGUGGCGAUUUCCUUUCUGAUACACCCUGUUCACCUUUUGGCUUUGAGUCUUUGUCCCACGCAAGUUCGCCGGAUCCACUACCUUCUCUACCUGCCGCCUUCGCGUUAGACUUGGAUUCUGCCCCCUCUAAGCCUUGCGCGGGUUUGCCGCUAAGCAAAGACCCAGCCCUGUCUGUCUUUAAGUGGCAUACCGUGUUACCGCUUCCUGAGCCCUACGUGCACCCCUCCUUUGAAGUGUUCCCGCCCACAUCACUGGGGUCCUCCCUGUCACCUUCCCAAACUCUCGCCGAUGUUCCGUCCCAGUCUUCCCCCCUUGUCCAUUCGGAUCCCCCCGCUGUCCAUUCGCUUUCGUUUCAAGAGAGUGAGCAGCCGCUCCCUUUCCCGGGAGAGCUGUCUCCCCUCGCGCUUCCUUUGACACUCUCGCCGACGUUCUCUUCUUUGGACGGAGACGCUUUGUCGCCCAUGCCUUCCAUUGCGGACCUCGUGCACUUUUUUUCUACCGAGGAGCACCUCGGAAUGGGGAUGGAGUUUCCCAACGCGGAUCUGGCGACACCUCCCUGCCCGCCCGAUGUUUCUGGAGAAGCUCACGCGUCGGCUCAUCCUGCGCACGUCCCAGUGGUACCGUCGCAAAAACCUUUGAAGGGCAAAAAGAAGGCUCGUCGGCGAAAACCCGCCGUGUCCGAUUUGGAACGGAAGACGGACGACUCUGCCUACACGACCGUGGAGCCCAACCUGGAAGAAGUGGAGGAGCAGCUCUUUAUCUCCUUCACGUCCAAGGAGGCUCUCCAACUUCAUGUCGCUGAUCGCAAAGCGCAAGAAGCAAACGACCAGCUCGCGCCCUCAGAUGUUCACCUGCAGCAACCCGCCCGAGAACACACCCACGAAGACACAAUCGCUGCCCUUGAGCAAGUACUUCUCAAAGACGUCAAGAUGAUGAAGCACCAGCAGAUCAUCCACCCGGUGCUACAAGAAGUUGGUCUGAAGAUGAAUCUGCUGGAUGCCGGUCUGUCCAUCGACCUCCAGUACCUGGGUGUCCGUCUGCCCAUACCUCCUCCGGGUUCCUCCCUGGAGCCCCCCAGCCAGGAGCUGCCGCCGCCGUUACAGGGCGCCUCUGGAUCUUUUGUGUCGAGAACCGGAAAGACUACGGAUGUAACGCAGAUUAAAGGUUGGAGGGAGAAAUUUAGUCCAUCAGAACCUUCAGUGGCUCCUUCACCCCCCAAACCCGAAGUGUGCGUCAGUUGGGAGCAGCCCAAGAAGAACUUGUCGGCGUUCUGCAGCGACAUGCUGGAUCAGUACCUGGAGAGCGAGGCCAAGCUGAUCGACCAGCGGGCGGCCAGCUUCUCCCAGCCGCCGGCGGAUUCGCUGCCCGUCUACGAGCUUCCCGCCAGCAGCAGCAGCUACGUUCGCACGCUCGGCAGCGUCCUCAAGAAGCAAAGCGUGGCCUCGGACCUCAUCUCGGGUUUUGUUCCGCCCUCCAAGAGAGCCAAAGCGCCCAGUCGCCCGUUCAAGGCCUCCAGGAAACUUGAGAGGAAGCAGAAGAGUUCCAAAUCUCCGGUAAAUCCCGGUCUGGCGCCAUCCCUACCGACGGUCCCCGACUCGACCGAUGCCCCCCGGCUCCCGGCGCCCUCGGCGGAACCUCCAAAACCAAAGAAGAGUCUCCCCGCAGUCCGCCCUUCGGCGAGCGCCCCGUUCUCCUCCCCCUCUCGGUCCCCGCCCCUCGAAAGGAAGAAGAGAGUCAAACGCGACGUAAGCGCCCCCCUGCGGCGUCACUCUGGAGAGGAGCCCGUGGACCCAGCGGGUUCCCUGAAACCGGCGAUGACCCGAGCCCUGCUGAUGCAGAAAGGUCUGGAGGAUGAUGCCGUGUGGGCUGGGCAGCCUCGCACCUCCAUCGCGGAGGAGAGGGCCUCAAUUGCUCUGACGUCGCUUUUCACCUUAAAGGGUUUCGUGAGCGACAAUCCCACCGCCCCCAUCCUGCUGCCCCGCCGACCGGAGCCCGCCUGCCUCAACGACUUCUGCCGGCUGGGCUGCGUCUGCUCCAGCUUGGCGUACACGGCCCGGGUCGGCCGCUGCGGGCGGCCGCAGUGCAUGCUGGGAUGCAGCUGCCUCAAGCAGAAGGUGGUUCUGCUCAAGAACCUGGACGGCUCCGAUUCCAGCCCCUCGAGCCACGGCGGCCGGAAGAGGAAGAGGAAGCGGAUGAAGAUGGCCUACGUACUCAAGGAGGCCGACAGCGUUUCCCAGCCUGCCGAACGUGUCCGGACGCUGUGGAAAAGGGACAGCGGAGACUCUGACCUGGAGCAGACCCGCGUCCCAGAAGCUUCCUCCAGUUCCCCUCGCACGGCCGUCACUAGACUGUUGACAAAGAAAACGGGAAAGAAUGCCAGCAGCUGCGCCCGAGUGAGAAGAUUUCUCGGGAAGUCUGGAAUAAGGCGGCCUAUGAAGAAGUCCUCCGGAGACUCCUCCGCCGCGUUCGCCCGGAAGCUGCACAGGAAGCCCAAACGUCGCAAGAAAGUCAGACCUCAGAAACCGGAAGGGAAGCCGCUUGAGCCGGCGCCAUCGGUUCCACCUUUGCCGGCGCCGUCCGGCUCACCUCAGCGCGUUUCAGAGGAGUCUCGGCCGUCAAGACGUCUGACCAUCCUCACCGAGUGUCGUUGGAACUGCGACGACGACCGCGACCACGUGCUUCAGACGCUGUGCGAGGCCAUGGCUCUGGACCGGCUUGACAAGGUCUUCUGGACAAGGAAGUACCAGAUCAACCCCAUCAGUCAGACCGUGGAGGACAACAGCACCGUCCACUACAAAGUCCUCAUCACCACACGAGAUGAGUGGGACUCGGCAAAGCUGUGUCCCGUUGCGACGUCAUCACGAAGCGAUCGGGAUUUGUGCGCCCAGGAAAACCACCCAACGCAGCAGGUACCGUCUGUGACGGCCUGGCAUCGUGAGGUGACGGAGGAGGACUUUGCGCAGGACUGGCCUCAGGAGAUUGAUGAAAGUCACCCGGAAAAGGAGUCUGGACAGGUGCACGCUGGGAGCGAGCAGACGGACCAGAGGCGGAGCGGCGUCUGGAUGGGUCUGCCGGUCCUCGGUGGCGUUUCCACCGCUGGCUUCCUCUUGGCCGACAAAAAGCUCCCAGGCGGCGGGGACCCCAUCCAGGUGAACGGGAAAAUGUAUCCUCUGGCCAAGAUCCAGUUGGGCGACAUGGGGGCGCUCCAUCCUGCCAACCGGCUGGCGGCAUACCUGACCGGCCGUGUGGCCGCCACCAGGAAGCAGGGGGGGCUUCUCGCCUUACCCGAGCCGCGUCGGACGUCGCCGCCCUUCUCCGUGCCGAGUUCCCCAACCGCCACCUCCGCGGCAACCGCCGCUUCGGUCGCACCGGCCGCCACCUGCCCGUCGACGGCGCCGACCGCCACCUCAAUAGCGCCGGCCACCGCCUCCCAGUCAACUGCGAUCUUCACCUCCACGGCAACCGCCACCCCUGCCGUGACGAACGCCGCCUCCAUCGCAACCGGCACCUUGACAUCAAGUGCCACCCCCGCGGUGAUGGUCACCUCCAAGACGACUGGCACCUCGGCACCAGCCACUUACAUCUUCGUUCCGCCGCCAACAACAGGGCCCUCAACGGUUCCACGUCCACGCCCCCGCAUCACGACUCCAGGCCCGCCGCGCCCCCAGGUGCCCUCCAGCUCUGCCAUCAGGAUGAUUCUGCGGCAAGUGCAAAGCACGGCGGGCGUUCGCUACUACCGCAGACCAGACGGCAAACUGGUGCAACUGAUCCCCGUCAACCAGCUGAGAGCAAGCACGCCCGCCGUGGACGGUUCCAAGAAGCCGUCCAGACCCACGGCUCCUCUGAGCGGCGUCGCCGGUCCAGUGCUCCCAAUCUCCGCCCCCAGCCUCUCUGGCUUCAAGUCUUUCACGGUGAACCGCGUCCCUCUUCCUGUGCGUCUGGAUUCUACGUCCCUGAGUCAGAACGCCAGCUCCCACAAAAUUGUUCCCGCCACGUCCGCGAAAAAUCCCGCUUCCGGCCAGGUGACCGCCCCCGUUCCCGUCCGCACGACCGCCCCGGAGCUCGUCAUCUCGGAAGUCCGCAGCGUGCAACCGGAGAUCGAACCGGUGACCCUCCUGAAUGAUCCAAAUGAUGCAACCGCACGGACCUCCGCCGGGACUCGUACGGAGUCGGGAGUCACACCCGGGCCGCACACUUUGUCCACAUCACCGGAGCCCGCCAUGGACCUGACGGACCUGGACGUGGUCUGUAUUGUGGACGACGUGGACAUCCGGGAGCCCAAGCGCACCAUCGAGGAGAUCAACCUGGUGGACUCGUCCAGUGACGAGACGGAUCACUCGUCCGACUUCACGGAUGAGUCCGGGGACAAAGAGAGAGGCCACCGCUCCGCACACAAUAAACGGGUCCACAAUGCCUCGGCGAGGGUGCAGCGACAGAAGAUGUCGCGGCUGGUCGCCGAGUUGAGGAAAGAACUCCGGCUGGAGGACGUCAUGUCCACCGCCGCCACGCUGCGUGAGGCCGUCCGCGCGAUUGAGGAGCUCCAGGCCACCGAGAAGCGUCUGAAGAGGAAAAAAAAGGUGCUGGUGAGGCAGCAGGAGCGCCUGAUGGACAUCUUGGUCCCCUCGCCGCGCGACUGCGGCCAUAACCGCUCCCGGACAGGAAGUCAAGACGGCGUGAAAGAUGAUGCGGGCCAGAAGAGGAAUCCCGCCAUUGGACGCGACGGCAACCCCGCCGUCGCCCCGCGCCCUCCUUCGCCCGACUUGCACCGGACGCCGCCGGCGACCGUCGCCUCCGGGCGGUCGGAAGGCUCUUCGGGCGACGACGUCGUAUUCGUGUCGUCCGUUCGGAAGCUUCCCGACGAACGAGCGCCUCCCUGCCCGGCCGCCCCGCCCCGUCCCGCGCCCGUCAAGACGCCCGGCGCCUCCCGCGACGUGCCGGCGCUGAGGCGUCGGCCCAAGAUGGUGCCCAACAUCCUGUCCCGCCGCAAGACCCUCGUCCCCCCGCCCGUUGUGAGCGACGACCUCGGCGGCUUCCGGACCGUCGUGCCCGUCGAGCUGCUGUCGGUCGUCGGCGCCGCGUUGCCGGGGCAACCCUUCCUGACGCUGACCCCGCUGGUGGCGCUGCCCCAGUUGCCGUCGUCUUCUGCGGCCACAGAGGGUUUGAACGAUACGGAACGCGCGAGAGGACAAAACGCACGGGAGGCUUCUGGACGGGAACGCGCCGAAGGAGGAGGAGAAAAAAAUUCCGUGCGGCGGCUGGCGAGCGGCGCCGGGUCGAAAGAACGCCGCUCCUUUCAAAGAGCCGCCAAAAGAUUUCGGGCGAAAGAAAAAAAGAAAGUCCUGAUAAACAUUGGACUGAUGAUUCUGCACGAAAAAGAGUUGAAACCUGCGAGGGGCAGAACGCGGCCAGUAUUUGUCGACCCAGAUGUGACGGCGCCCGACUUACGCAAGCAAGCGGUCCGGAAAAUGAGAACGUUUUACAAGGACCUGGGAGAAGGUCCGUACGCCCUUUUGUACCCGGACCGCUCCGAGGUGGUCCACGUGCCCGGGACCCGAAGCCCGUUCAGCUUGUCGGCCUACAAAAAAGAACUCGGGAAAGCGUAUGCGCGGAUCACCUUUUUCAUUUGCCCGGAAGGCCACUUCAGAGGAGGGGCUCAGUCCAUUCCUUCCGUUCUCUGCAGCAACUCGGCUUCCGACAAAAGUACCUCAGGCUCCGAUUCUGAAGUUGUCAUCACAUCAAGGAGCGCAGCUGUAUUCAAAUCCAGCUGACACGGUGGGACAAAGAACUGAAAUGUCGUCCAAAAAUAAUAAUAGAAGAAAUGAUCAAUUGGGGGGGGGGGGGGGGGCUUGACACACGGGUGGUCCAAGAACAAUCAGACUUCUGAAGCGCCUGAAAGACUGUCCCGUUUUUUGAUGGACCAGGUGAACAUCGGUUAUUGGUCUCCAGUGCAAAAACCGUCCGCCGAGGUCGUAUUUAUCGAUGCGUAUAAACGCAUCGUGCAAACGAUAUCUGAAGAGACGCUGGUGCUGAUGGAAAAGCCUUUGAACCGCUGUGUCCAGAACUGACAACUUUGGAUUUGAGAAAGAAGAAUGAACCCAAGUUAGUCAUCAAGAAAUGACUUCAGGAAGUCCACCACGACUCAGUCCGCCCGAUGACGUGCGACUGGACGCUCCAGAAGACGGUGGGGUAAAGUCCACUAAGUUGCAGCCGCGGUUCCGUUCUCAUUCUGGUGGGAAUAACGCCCCCCCCCCCCCCCCCAUGAGGAAAUACUGCAGUGGGCGAUCGCUGCAGUGUUCUUAUUUGUUGCUCCACACACGAGCCACAAAUGUCUCCGUGAAAAUCCAUCAAUGCGUCCUGAAAGUCCAACCCAAAUGGCCUCAGUUUGUCGUAUCGCUCGACGUGCCGCACGGAAUUUUGAGUCUUGCGUUCUUUGGCGUGUUUUCCUCGAGGAUUCUUCUCCCGAAGCAAAUUCAUCACAGUCCCUCUUAACUUCCAAAUUGUACUUGGGUAGCCAAACAGCCGUCCGGGUCCGGGUCCGCCGAGUUCCAGUCGAAUGGCCCGAAUCAGGACGUUUUCAGAGGACCGGGUUUUUUCUGCGAUGGAACGCGGCCGGCUUGGUUCAAUUUGCUCUUUCUUCAAAGACCUGAAACUAAAUCUGUCCUCCGUGUAAGCAUGAAAGCACGCCGGUUGGGUCACUUUUCACGUGUUCCGGUUUUUCCUCAAUCUAUUUUCUGGAGGGUUCGCGUGAUUUCCAAGGCUGUUCCGGAUAAACGGGCCCCUCCGGCUUUUCUUUUGUCUUUGUGUCCGUGAGAUUGCGAACGGUCUGCCGACGAGUGGGUUCUGCUGGGGGUCCACUUUAGUGUUCCAAUUUGAUCCCCCCCCCCCCUCAAAUCGUAGAUUAGCGAGUAGUCGAAUCGGUUCUCCAAUGGCUUCCGGUGUGGUUUUUCGACGAGGGCCCGCCCGGGCUGUCGGGUCAAUUUAAGAAAUCCAUCUUUUUGUUUGUUUGUUUGCUAAAACGAGCCAAGCUGACCUGGCGUGUGGCACCAUUGCCUUUGCAACUAUUCAUUGAUUGAUAACUCAAUAAAAAUAAAUGGUCCAAGUCUUUGGAACUUGAGCCGGUCAGCAGGAAAUAUUCUCCCAUCUCGGUUGUCCUCCAUCAAGUGAUUGUUUUUUUUUUUUUUUUCAAAAUAAGACAUCCAGAGUAGUUUUUAAAAUCAGUUUUGCAUUCUCUGCUGUGUGUCCUGGAACUGAAUUAAGAAAUGGUUAAUGAAUCAUUUUUUCUGGAGGGAUUAAUCGCCAAUCCAAAUACUCGUUAGUUGCAGCCCUGGUUGACAUCCGAAAGGGAAUCGUUUUAUGAAUUUACGGAUGUUACAUUGUCCAGUAAUUGAAUUGGUUUUUAUCAAGAACGACUUACGGUUUUGAAUCCCAUUUUUUUUUUUUUUUUCUGAAAAGGGGAAACUAGCGGAGGGGGAUUCGAUUCGAUUCGAUUCGAUUUGAUUUGAAGGCCCACACGCGGCCCGUCUGCGGAUCUUCCUUCCUGCUCACGUUGCGGCUUUUCCCGCAGGCCCGCCAACGGUCACCGCGAGCCUGCCGGGUCUGACAGACGAGGGCGCGGCGCUCCUCCCGCCCCCGGCGCCGCCGCUCUCCCCCGACCCCGCGGAGGGCCGCCUGGCCUCCUCCGGGGAUGAAGGUCCCGGGCUGAGCUGC